AUGGACACCGGAUCUCAGUCAUAUCGUGUCACGAAGAAGAAGACAAGCAAGAGACAGAAGGUUGAGUAUUUGGGCCUAAGGUGGAGAUUAUUGGAAAUAGGCCCAAAUACAAUAAAGCCCAAGACAAAAUAUAGAUCCAGCAAAAUCCUUGUGCUCUAUACCUUUCCUGCAAGAAAGUAUCUAGAGAACAUUGACUCAGAUAUGGCCUUAAAGUUCUUGCCAGAGCUUCAAGUGGAUAAGGAUGGUUAUUCCCCUUUUGCCUUGCAGGUGACCAACUUUGAAUGUGGAGGAUUCAUCUUAGGGAUGGCUAUGUCGCAUGCAAUGUGCGAUGGAUAUGGAGAGGGACAUAUCAUGUGUGCCUUGACGGAGUUGGCCGGCGGAAAGAAGAAGCCGACGGUGACGCCGGUUUGGGAAAGAGAGAGACUUGUGGGGAGGUCUGAAGAAAACAAUCGAGCUCCCUUUGUUCCUGGAGGCGACACAGCUGCUUCACCCUAUCUACCUGCUGAUGAUUGGGUAACUGACAAGAUAAAUGUUAGAGUUGAGUCCAUAAGAAGAUUAAAAGAAGCUACACUGAAAGAGUGUGACUUCUCUAAUGAAACAGUAACUACUUUCGAAGUCAUAGGAGCUUAUUUGUGGAAGUCAAGAGUUAAAGCUCUGAGUUUGGACCGAGAUGGAGUCACAGUUUUGGGUUUUUCUGUAGGAAUCCGAAAUGUAGCAAAUCCACCUUUGCCCGAUGGAUACUACGGCAAUGCGUACAUAGACAUGUACGUCCCAUUAACCGUUAAAGAAGUGGAAGAACAUACCAUCUCAGACAUCGUGAAGUUUAUAAAAGAAGCAAAGAGAAAGGCUCGCGACAAAGAUUAUCUCAAAGAAGAGCUUGCAAACACUGAAAGUAUCAUUGAUUUGAACUUAACGAUCACAGGUAGAAAAGAUGGGUUCUUUUGUUUGACGGAUUGGAGGAACAUUGGUAUUUUUGGAUCUAUGGAUUUCGGGUGGGGUGAGCCGGUGAAUAUUGUCCCGGUUGUCCCACCAGAGACAGCUAGAAUGGUUAAUAUGUUCAUGCCAGCGUCAAGAGUAGAACCUUCAAUGGUCGGAGAGCUUCAAGUCAUGGUGACAUUGCCAAGAGCUUCAAUGGUUAAGUUUAAAAAAGAGAUGAAUGCUCUAAACUAA